AUGGCCUCUAGAUCCUUUUGGUCAGUUGGUAUUUCACUCUUCAUCAUCAUUAUCGCAUUGUUCGGCUCAAGACUACAAUUCUUCACUCAAAGAUUAUUUGGUGUCACCAUCGCCAGGUCAAGAGCUAAUAUGACAACUUCAGCUACUGCUUUCGCUGCUUCAACUGCUACUGCUGCAACGGCUUCAUCUACAAAGACACCUGUGUUUUUCUUCAGCCAUGGUGGUCCAACUUUUAUGUAUCCAGGUAGUGGAUUCGGUGGAGAUCAAGGUGCUUAUAAUAAAGUCCAAUCUUUAGGAAAAUACAUCCAACAAACCAUUAAGCCAAAGUUCAUUAUUGUUGUCUCUGCUCAUUGGCAAUCAAAUUCAAAUGAUAGAGUGGAGAUAGGAGUUCCAAGUUCCUAUUCCAAAAAUGUUUUUUCUUCAUCAAAAGAUCUAUUAGAUCCUCAAGAAUUAGAUUUGAUUUAUGAUUUUUAUGGAUUUCCAAAACACAUGUAUGAUGAAAAAUUUCAUGCAAAAGGUAAUGUGGAACUAGCUCAAGAUAUUAAAGAAACGUUAAGCUCCCAAAAUAUUGACUCCAAAUUGACUUCAAGAGGUUUAGAUCAUGGCGUUUGGGUUCCUUUCAAAGUUGCCUUUUCAUCAAACAAUCCUAAAGAUAAAGAAUGGGAUCUUGACUGUCCACUAGUCCAAGUAUCAUUGAGUGCUUCUGAUGAUUUUGAAUUCCAUCAUAGAUUAGGUCAAGCUUUAUCAAAAUAUAGAAGUUUAGGAGGAAUUGUUAUCUGCUCAGGUAUGACUGUUCACAAUCUUCGUGAUCUUGGAAUUGCAAUGGAUCGAGGUGGUAAGCCAUUAGCGUACGUUUCCAAGUUUAAUGAUUUAUUAAGUUCAAUAAUCGCCAGUUCUAAGGGCGAAGAAAGGUUAACAAAGCUUGAAAAUGUUCAAGAAAAUGAAAGAUCAUUGUUAUAUCAUGCACAUCCUACUUUAGAGCAUUUCAUGCCAGUAGUUGUUGCAGCUGGUGCAGCAUCAGCUGAAGCUGGUCAAGAGUUGUAUAAUAAUGCAUCAUUGUCUUUAGGUUGGGGUGUUUAUCAAUUUGGUGAAUACAAUACUCAAGAAAAGUUAUAA